GUGCCUUGUCGCCCUAAAUGUGUUUUAAAUGCAGCCUAAGUGACAUCACAUUGCUGCAGUGCUGCAGUCCAUGAAAGGUGUCAGUCGUCUCCUCUGAUAACCAAGAAUUUGUCCACUGGCCACUUGGCUCUGCUCUGCUCUGCUCCAGACAUCAUGGCGUGACUGCGUGUAUUCAUUUGCUCUUAUUACGCAGGUGGACGCCCGCAUGAGGAAGCAGAUAGAGGCGCAGCUUUGGGGGGGGGAAAGCUCUGCCUGUUCUCCGGGACUGAGCAACAACACCAUCGCCCUGCCGCCACAUCCCACCACCGCGUCGCUUCGCUGGAGGAGCGGACAGACAGGAGUCAUGUACGAGAACUGAACUGCUGGGAGGAUCGCGCACGGUGCCGGAGGAGAACGCGUGUGAUCGGGUGCAUGGGUGGGAUUCCUUCAUUGCGCCUCGGACAGGGGAAGUUAUCACAACAAAUGGCCUCAGCAAAGGCAAACAGCUGCCGGUGAACCAGCCGUGUUGGGGAUCGAAACCCGGCGUGGACGCACAGUUUUCGACCUUCGUGGGUUUUUUUUUUUUACCCUGACGGACUGGAAGCCUUGAUUUCACCGUGAAGCGGCUUUUUUUUGGGGUAUCCUCCAGGAGCGCAAAUCAUCCUGGAGCUUUCCCUCCUCUCUCCAUCAAUUCACAACACGCGUGAGGUUGUUUUUUUUUAAUGAUCGGAUAUGUAAUCCAGCGUUACAAACCCUGUAGUCUACGCAGGGGACUUGAAACGACCACGUACUGACGCUUUAACCCAUUUUUUCCUUCUUAGCCCGGCUCCGGUCGCGAGCGUCACACUCUCUCGGAUUUGGGGGAUUUCAGCUUCACACGUUCUGCCUCCGAAAGCCUCAAUCGGAUCGUACACUGGGAUUUAAAGGUGGGGUUUGAUUCCACACGCAGGUAACUGGAGGAGAACACCCCGCGGUCCCUGCUCGGUGACACUUCGGCAGCAGAUUGUCCCCCUCGUCGCGUCCUUUUUGGAUUUUUUUUCUCCUGCACAGCCGCCACGGUUUUUUCUUUUUUUACGCGUGAAUUUGGGAAUAAAUGAACUCUCGUCAGCACCUGAGAUUCGCCGUGUUUACCCGGGGAGACGAGUGCGUGGACGGUGGGAAUCAUGUGCAAUAGGAUCAACCCUCCAGAAUCUGCGGUAACGGUCCCACUUUUGACUGCUCUGAAGUGAACCUCGUGCGGAGCAUCCAAAACAACACAGUAUUCUGGUGCUGUAUUUCCUGUGACACCCACGGGAGUCACCUGCCUCAGCAUUGAACCUCUCGCUGCCAGCUGAACAGUAUGCUGAUGUGAAACCAGCAAUGGAGACCAGGGCUUGAUAUCCGGACCUGGACACCGAUCAACGAUGGAGCGGCUGCUUCUGUGCGUGCUGCUGUGUGCAGCUCUGUCGAAGGGUUACAGCUGCCCCGGCCGCUGCAUCUGCCAGCACCUCUCCCCUACUCUGACUCUGCUCUGUGCUAAGACCGGCCUGCUGUUUGUGCCCCCCACCAUCGACCGCAAGACCGUCGAGCUGCGGCUCACGGACAACUUCAUCACCGUCAUCCGCAGGAAAGACUUCUUCAACAUGACUAGUUUGGUCCACCUCACCCUGUCGCGCAACACCAUCAGCCAGAUCACCCCCCACGCCUUUCUGGGCCUGCGAUCCCUGCGGGCGCUCCACAUGGAUGGGAACCGCCUCAGUGCGAUAAAGAGCGACCACUUCAAGGGCCUCAUCAACCUGAGGCACCUCAUCCUCGGAAACAACCAGAUCCACCAAGUGGCCCCCACUGCCUUCGACGAGUUUGUUGCGACCGUAGAGGACUUGGAUCUUUCCAACAACAACCUGCGCACCCUUCCCUGGGAAGCCAUAGCCAGAAUGACCAACAUUAACACGCUCACACUGGACCACAACCUGAUUGAUCACAUUGGAGCGGGGACUUUUACCCUGCUCACCAAGCUGGUCCGCCUGGACAUGACCUCAAACAGGCUGCAGAAGCUGCCACCAGACAGCUUGUUCCAGCACGCGCAGGUACUGUCCGACGCCAAGAGCACCAGCUCGUCCGCCCUGGCUGUGAGCUUCGGUGGGAACCCUCUCCACUGUAACUGUGAGCUGCUGUGGCUCCGCAGGCUGACGAGAGAGGACGAUCUGGAGACCUGUGCCUCACCGGAUCACCUCAUGGACAAAUACUUCUGGUCCAUCCAAGAGGAGGAGUUUAUCUGUGAGCCCCCGCUGAUCACCAAACAUCUCAGCACCAAGCCCUAUGUGAUGGAGGGGCAGGGUGUGACGCUGAAAUGUAAAGCCGUGGGUGAUCCAGACCCAGAUAUUCACUGGCGGUCACCGGACGGCAAGCUGGUGCAUAAUAAUUCCCGUACCAUCCUGUAUGAUAAUGGCACCCUUGAUAUUCUCAUCACUACGCUGAAGGACAGUGGAGCAUUUAAUUGUGUGGCGUCCAAUGCUGCGGGCAUCGCCACAGCUGCUGUUGAGAUCAACAUGAUCCCCUUACCCUUGUUUGUGAACAACACGGGCCACAUGCGCGAGGACCCCGGCCUCUCAGACAUCACCACCUCCUCCAAAUCUGGCAACGACACCAAGGGCUACGACAAGCAGGACAGGAGGGUGAUGGUCGCCGAGCUGACCUCCUCCUCCGCUGUAAUCCGCUGGCCUUCUGAGCGCCACAUCCCCGGCAUCAGGAUGUACCAGAUUCAGUACAACAGCUCGGCAGAUGAUACUUUGGUGUACAGAAUGAUCCCAUCCACCAACAAGAACUUCUUAAUCAACGAUCUGGCCGCCGGACGGGAGUAUGACCUUUGUGUGCUGGCGGUUUAUGACGACGGCAUCACAUCAUUAACAGCCACACGUGUGGUUGGCUGCGUGCAGUUCCACACAGCCAGUGAGGUCAGCCAGUGCCGCUUCAUGCACAGCCAGUUCCUCGGAGGCACCAUGAUCAUCAUUAUCGGUGGUAUAAUUGUUGCUUCAGUGCUGGUGUUCAUCAUCAUCCUGAUGAUCCGUUACAAGGCCUACAGCAGCCCGGAGGACAGCAAGACCAAGGUCAGCUCCAGCAUGCACUCCCAGACCAAUGGCAGCCAGCAGCGGCUCCAGCGCUCCGUCUCCAAGCAGCCGUCUGAUGAGGGCCAGCGUGAGGCCCAGGUGCACAAAGAGUGCAUGGCGCUGGUGCUGAGGGUGGACAAUGAGAAGAAGGAGGAUCCAGCCGCCACUACUGCCAUCCUGGAGGUGGAGCUGCCUCCACUGACUGUAGACAAGCUGAAGAGAAGAACCAGCCUGGACGCACAGCGCUCUGGUCCCCCGUCUGAGGACACGCAGACAGACAGUAGCCUGACAGGCUCCACCAUGUCCCUGUGUCUCAUUGGUCCCAGCGCCGGCACCAAGGAGGCUCCCAGGCUCAAGGACAAGAAAAGUGCCCUGGCUAACAUGGGUUUGCUUCCCAACGAGCUGGCACGAACUAGGCAUAGGUUCUCUUUUGACGGUGGGGAUUACUCCAUAUUUCAGAGUCAUAGUUACCCACGCAGAGCGAGGACGAGGUGGCACAAGUCCACCAACCAGCUCGACAUGGAGUCGUCUCCGCUCGCCAACCGGAGAGUUACGUUCAGCAGCACUGAGUGGAUGCUCGAGAGCACAGUCUGAGGAAACCAGUGUAGCUGAAGCGCGGCUCGGCCACACACGUGUAAAAACACAAAUAUAAACCUACAUGCCAUAUGAUGCACUCUUUUCCUGCACACAGCGAACGAUAAACACAAGCACAUUUACUUACACGUGAAAACUUUCUGUGAGUUGCUGGAGAAGAACAGUCUCCCCUCAUCCUGCCUCCCCAUCAUACUCCCAGAGAGGUUUGUCGGCCAUGUCCUUUCUUUAUGCAGCAGUGCCUUAUUCUAAAAGAUGUACGAAUGGAGGACGCUGCUCACUGUAGUCAUAAACCUUUCCUCUCUUAUCAUUGCCUCCCACCGUGAUAAUGUGGGCGCGUUACUUUGGAUUUAUAAUUUUCUCCUUUUUCUGUGACAUGCCAAGGGGGUGUUGCGUUUGGAUGUAUGUAACUGUUUAAUUGUUUAAAAACAGAAAAAGAAAAAAAAACUCAUCAUAACUGUAAAGUGAACAGCCAGGUAUCCUGUUAUGUCAAUCAUGUUUUGGGUUCUUUCAAAAGACAAACAAAAAAAAAAACUUUUGCACAGAAGACACGAGAUACAAGGACAAGUAUCAACCACCAGUCUAUACAAUAAUAAUAAUAAUAAUAAUGAAAAAAGAAGAAGAGAAUUUUACACAUGCCAGUUUCUAACGUUAGCGCAGAGAGGACGGACCUGGAAAGCUGCCAUGGAUUCCUCUCCGGCUGUGGGACUAUAUGAUGUUUAAUAGGUAUUGUUCCAGAUGUGACUGUAUAUUAAUCGGUACUGUAUCUGGCUGGUCUAGAUAAAAAGACAACAAACAAAAAAGACAUAUAUAAGUAUAUUAAAAACAUUGGUGUAUGUGUACUAACUAUGUAAGUAAGUAAGUCAUAUGUCACAUGACUUUUUACAAAGCAUUUGGGUGUUGGCUGCAAGUUUUUACAUUAAAAACCUGUGUCAUCACACCUCGCCCUAUUUAGUAUGUCAAAGUUUGGACCAUUUAUCCCCUCGCGAAGGGUAUUAAAUUUUUUGUGUGGGUUAACUGUA